AUGGCCGUUUCACCGGAACCUUUGCCGCCAAAAAAGAAACGAUCAUCGGAUUCAGAUGAAAGGCUUCUCCGAUCGUUAUUGCUUCGAUCGAGGGAAACUUCGUUACUGAAUCCGAUUCCGUUUGUUCUGUAUCGGAAUUCGAAUUCGAUAAUUCGGAAAACUAAGCUGUUGACUUUGAUGCUUGAGGAGUUGGUUGUUGAUCAUGUUGUAUCGUGUUUUCCGGCAUCGGCGGUGUUGUGCUUUGAGGAGUUGUACAUCAUAUUGCAGAGUAUCAAGACGUUGAUUGAAGAUUGUUGUAACGGAAGUAAAUUAUGGCUUUUGAUUGAGCAGCAAUCAGUCGCGAACAAAUUUCAUGAGUUUACUCUCGAGUUAUCGACGCUGGUUGAUAUAUUUCCUGUUAAAGCGAUGAAUCUAAGCGAAGACGUUGAAGAAUUAGUCAAUUUGAUCCGGAAACAGUGCUCCAAAACGGCGGUUUGGAUCGAUGAAAAAGAUAUCAAUCUCAGAAACGAUGUAUUGCAAAAAUUAGAUAGAAUUAAGAGCGAGAUUGUUCCUCAAAAGACAAAACUCAAGGAGAUCUUCACCAGGUUGCAAUUGAAUGAUUCCACGAGCUGCACAGAAGAAAUCGAGAUCUUGGAAGAAGAAGUUAGGAAUCAAAAUGAUGAAAAAUCAAAAGCUGAAAUCGUCUCGUUGAUCGGACUUGUUCGCUACGCAAAGUGCGUGUUGUACGGCGAAUCAUCUCCAAGGAUAAUCAGAGACCGGAAAAAGUCAAACUCCACCGACUUAACAAUUCCGGCAGAUUUCCGGUGCCCGAUUUCCCUCGACCUGGUGCGAGACCCUGUGGUUGUAUCAACAGGACAAACAUACGAUCGAGCUUCUAUCAAUCUCUGGAUUGAAUCGGGACACACCACGUGUCCCAAAACCGGUCAAACCCUGGACCACACAGGGAUGAUACCCAAUCGUGCAUUGCGGAACUUGAUAACAAUGUGGUGUCGCGAGCACCGGAUUCCGUUCGAAUCAACAGAAACCAACGAAAAAAACACCGGAGAAUCCACAAACAAAACGCUAUUCGAAGCUACAAAAAUGACAGUGACGUUUUUGCUUGAAAAAGCCGGAGCUUCACAAUCGUUGGAAAUGGCGGAUCGCUUCGUUCAUGAGCUCCGGGCAUUAGCCAAAACGGAUUCCAACAGCCGCGCUUGCAUCGCCGACGCCGACGGAUUACAGCUACUUGUAAAAUUCUUAUCCUCCGAUCAUCCAACUCUUCAAAUCAACGCAGUUACAACGAUCCUAAACCUCUCAAUACUCGACGCAAACAAGACAAAGAUAAUGGAAACCGAAGGAGUUGUAAAUGGAAUCGUGGAAGUAUUAAGAACAGGUGCGACUUGGGAAGCAAAAGGAAACGCCGCCGCUACAAUCUUCAGUCUAACGGGUGUUCCGGUGUACCGGAAAAAGCUCGGUCGGAAGAGCCGUGUGAUUAAGGGUUUGAUGGAGUUGGCCAGAACUGGGCCGAUUAGUUCGCAACGAGACGCGUUGGUGGCGAUUCUGAACUUGGCCGGAGACCGGGAAACGGUGGGGAAGUUGCUUGAGGUUGGGGUGGUGGAGAUGGCUAGUGAAGUAAUGGACGGGUUACCGGAGGAAGGUGUGACAUUGCUGGAGGCGGUGGUGAAGAAAGGCGGAUUAGCGGCGAUCACGGCGGCGUUUCAUGUGAUUAGGAAACUGGCGACGAUAUUGAGAGAUGGAACGGAGAGGGCGCAAGAGAGUGCCGCCGCCACACUUGUGAAUAUUUGCCGGAAAGGUGGAUCGGAGAUUGUGUCGGAGCUGGCGGCGAUUCCUGGGAUUGAGAGGGUGAUUUGGGAGGUGAUGGGGAUGGGGACCGGAAGAGGGAGGAGAAAGGCGGCGACGCUGCUGAGGAUCCUUAGGAGAUGGGCUGCUGGGUUGUAU